AUGUUUGCUCUGUUGAAGAACUACGCCAAUUCUGUUGAUCUCGUCUUCAAUCCUCGAGCGUUUCAACUCGGUUUCGAGCCCGCAGCCCUCGGAGCUAUCAGGCGGAUAUUUCCCGCGGCAGAGAUAAAGGAAUGUAACUUUCAUUUUGGUCAGAGCCUUUGGCGUAAGGCGCAACAAUUGGGUCUCAGUAGAUUCUAUCAUGACGUUGAAAUCAGACGCUUCCUGCGUGCUUGCGGCGCUCUGGCUCUGAUUCCUCUAGGGGCAAUUGAUGAUGCCUGGAUGGAUAUGAACGAGGACGCGAUAGAUCCGGACCAUCCAGCGUACAUGGCAUUGGAAGCGUUCAAAGAAUAUUUCGUCAAUACCUGGCUCGAGAACGAAAACUUUCCGCGAGCGCUGUGGAACCAUUACCGUAACUUCGGACCCCGGACUACGAACCAUCUUGAAGGAUGGCAUAACGGUCUGAAUAUACUUAUAAGGAAAAAACAUGUGAAUAUAUUCUAG